AGUGAUGGCGGCUUCGUUUCGUUCGCUCCCUGCAAGCUGUAAUAACAAAUGGUACUACACACGACAGCAGAUCGACAACAGCCCAUCUCGGAGAGCUGGACUUGAUCCCGACAAGGAGCUGUCCUACAGGCAACAGGCGGCGAACCUGCUCCAGGACAUGGGGCAGCGGCUCAAUGUAUCCCAACUUACAAUUAAUACAGCCAUUGUGUACAUGCAUCGAUUCUACAUGGUCCAGUCUUUCACCAGAUUUCACAGAAAUGUUAUUGCUCCUGCCGCUCUCUUCCUCGCAGCGAAGGUUGAGGAGCAGCCCCGAAAGCUAGAACAUGUUAUUAAAGUUGCCCAUGCAUGCCUCAAUCCUCAGGAGCCUUCACCAGAUGUACGCAGUGAUGCUUACCUGCAACAAGCCCAAGACCUGGUCAUUCUUGAGAGCAUAAUACUCCAGACCUUGGCUUUUGAAAUCACCAUUGACCAUCCUCAUACUCAUGUUGUCAAGUGCACUCAGCUUGUCAGAGUUGUUCCAGCGAGUAAGGAUUUGGCCCAAACAUCAUACUUUAUGGCUACCAACAGUCUGCACUUGACCACAUUCUGCCUGCAGUACAGUCCGCCCGUUGUGGCUUGUGUGUGCAUCCAUCUCGCCUGCAAAUGGUCCAACUGGGAGAUUCCUGUGUCCACCGAUGGCAAACACUGGUGGGAGUAUGUUGAUCCCACAGUCACCCUGGAGCUGCUGGAUGAGCUCACACAUGAGUUCCUGCAGAUUCUGGAGAAAACCCCCAGCCGGUUGAAACGGAUUCGCAAUUGGAAGGCUGGAGGGCAGACACCCAAAGUCAAGCCAAAAGUUCAGGAGGAGGGUGACCAGAGGGACACCAUGAUGAGCAUGAUCUCCAUGGCUUCAUCAGAGAGUACUGUGGCGGGCCUGAUGAGCCUCUCAGCUCCGCCGUCUGCCUCUUCUUCCUCAUCCAUGGGUGAUAAGGAGAGAGGUGCAUCUGGCAGUGCUCAGACUUGGAGUGGAAAGGGUCAGGGCGGAUCUGAACAGCAGCAACAACCGCAGCAGCAGCAACACCCCAACCACGAGGUUCACGCCCCGGCUAAGGUAUCGCUGAGUGAGUACCGUGCCAAGAACGCAGAUGUCCUGGCUGCCCAGAAGAGGAAGCUGGAGAACAUGGAGGCCAGCGUGAAGAGGGACUAUGCCAAUGCUGCCCAGGCUCUCAUUGGUCAGCAGCAGAGGAAGGAGAAGCAGCAGCAGCAGCAUCACCAGCAGUCCAGCUCCUCCUCCUGCGACAUGUCCAGCCCUUCUCCCAUCAUUCUGAAAAUCCCCCUUGAGAAGGAGAGGCAUGACCGGAGCUCUCUGAAAAUGCGUUUCCCUGUAGCAGGGGGAGCAGGCAGCGGGCACAGCAGCAGCAGCAGUAGCAGCAGCACCACCCGGGGUCAGGAUCAGGACAUUAAAGUCAGAAUACGAAUGCCUGAGAAGCAAAAGGGGAGUUCGGGAGAGGAGGGCAAGAGCAGGGACAAGCACAGGGAACGGUCUAAUCAUCACCACCAUCACCACCACCACCACCACCAUUCCUCCUCUAGCAGUGCCUCGCUUUCCUCUUCACAUAAACACUCAUCUAGUUCCAGCGGAGCAGUAGGAAGCAGCAAAAAAGUCCCCAGCGACUCCUCUAGAACAAGCUCUUCAUCCUCUUCAGCGUCACGCAAGAGGACGCACUCCCAGGAUCCCACAGCAAGUUCUCACCCUGCCUCAAAAGUCAGCAAGUCCUCUAGGAAUCCCUACCAGCUACCGUCCCUGUCGUCCUCCUCUGGGCAAACUCUAGGUCAUGGUCCUGACCUGCUUCCCGCUCUGGGGCUUCCCCACCACCAAGGGAGCUACUCGCACUCCAAAAGUGACAAGACAGACACUAACGGGCACGGUGCAGCGGGUGGAGCCCAGUCGAACGAGUACCAGGACACUUUUGAUAUGCUGAACUCUCUUCUGAGCGCACAGGGGGUCCAACCGUCCCAGCCGUCCAUGUUUGACUACAGAUCCCAGUAUGGGGACUUUCGGUACAGCGGUGGUUCCAGAGGGAACAACCCCAGACCCCCACCCCUGCCUUCAGAACCGCCUCCACCACUGCCACCGUUACCCAAAUGAGUUCCUGAUCAGGAGAUGUUAUUAUGUACAUUGUGCUUGACAUCACAAACAUCCAUCUUGUUACAUCAAGUAUUGUAUUAUUAUUUUUUUAAAACUCACCCAGUGUUUUUAAUGGGCUUCGGUGUGACAGCAGAGAAAUGUAAUGGUGAGACAAGCGAGUUUUUAUUUUUUAA